AUGGAUGCACCAACCCUCCAGCCUAAGUUCCUGCCCUCUCGCAAUGAAUUGGGCCUUGUUGCUGUAGGCUUCUGCGGAGGCCAGGGCAAGUCCGGUGUCGAUGCUGCCCCCAUGGCUUUGAUUGAGUCCGGUCUCGUCGAACAGCUGAAAGAAGAGCUCGAGUUCAAUGUGCACUACGACGGAGAGGUGCACCAAUACUCCGAAAUCAUGCCCAAGGAAGACCCCGAAUACCGCGGUAUGAAGAACCCUCGCGCCGUCAGUGCCGUCACCCAGCGUCUCAGCGAGCAGGUCUACGAGCACGCUCGCCAGGGCCGCUUUGUCCUGACUCUCGGAGGUGACCACUCGAUCGCCAUUGGCACCAUUUCCGGCACAGCAAAGGCCAUCAGAGAAAGAACUGGCAGAGAGAUGGCCGUCAUCUGGGUCGAUGCACACGCCGAUAUCAACACUCCCGAGACAUCGGACAGUGGAAACAUUCACGGCAUGCCCGUGGCUUUCUUGACCGGCUUGGCCAAAGAAGACAAGGAGGACUGCUUCGGUUGGAUCAAGGACGACCAGCGCGUCAGCGUCAAGAAACUCGUCUACAUUGGUCUGAGAGACAUUGACCGCGGCGAGAAGAAGAUCCUGCGUGAGCACAACAUCAAGGCCUUCUCCAUGCACGACAUCGACAGCGACACUCCCAUCCACUUGUCCUUCGACAUUGACUCGCUCGACCCCAUGUGGGCACCCAGCACUGGCACUCCCGUCCGUGGUGGUUUGACUUUGCGUGAGGGUGACUUCAUCGCCGAGUGCGUACACGAGACUGGCAGUCUUGUUGCCUUGGACUUGGUCGAGGUUAACCCUAGCCUCGAGUCCCACGGUGCUAGCGAGACUGUUCGUGCCGGUAUCUCCAUUGUCCGUUGCGGUCUCGGUGACACUCUGCUAUAG